ACACGUUUUCUUGAUUUGCGGGCGUCAUGGAGUUGUUUUGAAAAUGUCUUCAUCUUCAGUUGUUCCAGUAGUUUUGUGGGGCAACCAUCCUCCGUCGCACUGUAUAUCGUGUAUAACCACGACGUACGAUCAGAAGACUAUCGUGACUGGCUCUAGUGAUGGUCAGUUGGGGAUUUGGGACCUUCGUUUUCACGCUAACGGCGAAGUGAACGUGGUCCCUCGUAAUCUGAUAUUUGCUCAUGAUGCCAAGGUAACAGCAUUGGCUAAAGCAGCGGAUGGCUGGGAUAACAAGUCAAGUAUCAUAAGUGCUGCUGAGAACGGGGAGCUGUGCCUUUGGGACACAGAUGAUGGACUGUGUAUUCAGACAAAUGUUAUUAGUGGAACACAUUCUGCUCUUCAUUCAUUCCAUGUGGCAACCAACAAUGGCAAAGAGUGGCGGUUGGUUUGCCAUGGUAGCUACUCUGAUGUAUAUGUUAUUGAUGCAACAUCCCUUGAGAUUUUGUACGUCUUGAAGUCACCAUCCCAUUCUAACUGGAUAAGUGCAGUUUGUGUUGUGCGCCCAGCAAGAAGGCAAGAGGACGUUGUUGUGGCAAUCUCUCUGUCUGGUUAUCUUGCCAUUUGGGCUUUAAAACCUGCCAUAGAUUCCAAGUAUGCAGAGCCUGCAUAUGAGCAAGAGUUAAGGGAGCUCACUGGCUGCACUACCCACUCCAUCUGUUGUAAUCCAUUCACUCAGCGCACUAUACUGGUCAUUAGCUCAAACAACUGGCUGCUAUAUGAUGCCAGUGAUUUCAAGUUCCUCACAUCAGUCCCUUGCCCACCCAACAUGUUAUGGGGAGGAGGAGACUUCAUAGCUGCUGAUUGUCUGAUUGUCUGGACCAAGGAUGGCAGCAGUUAUGUUUACAAAUUACCUCGCAUGUGCUGCCCUGGCCUACAAGAAGCAGCCAAAGGUAACCCUUAUCAAGAGCCCACCGUCAUCCAUAAGUUGGCUCUUCCUGAAGUCCCUCAGAGUCCAGGAGACUGUAACGACCCGGCGAUGUUCUUCUCCUAUGGCCGAAGAGACCCCUUCUACAAGAUGGUCAUGAGGGGCUGCUCAAACGGGAGUGUUUGCAUUUGGAAAGUUAAGGAUGAGAUUUUAGAAACAAUCAAGCCUGUAGAAGAUGCGUCACCACUGCUGCAAUCCAGAAUAUCUGACUGCUGGGAUGAGUUCUCAAGACCCUGUGGUUUGAUAGACUCUCUGAAUGGGAAAGACGAAGGGAUCUCUGUGACCACAAGCUUGUACAUCCCAUCCCAAGGACGGAUCGUCUGCGGCCGGCAAGACGGCUCAAUCGUCAUCAUAUCUGCAGCUAGGGCAGCUAUUGCACAACUCCUAAGGAGCCGCAGCACGGAGGGUCCAGUGUGGCCGUCUCACCGAGUCCUUAUCGGUCAUCAUGGCCGUGUCACCUGUCUCUUGUACCCCCGUGACGAGUAUCCACGUUACGAUAAGCACCUUCUCGUAUCCGGGGGGGUCGACUUCACCGUCAAGCUUUGGGAUAUCUACACGGGAGACUUGCUGUCUACAUACAAUCCCCAUGGAGGGGAGGUGCUGCGUCUGAUUUGUACUCCCCCGGAUUGUAGCACUCGUAUCCAGUCUUGCGUUUGCUCCGUCGCGGAUGAUCACUCGGUGGCGUUGCUGGGUAUCCGCGAGCGCAAGUGCGUCAUGGUAGCAGCAAUACACACGUUUCCGGUCGAGACGAUCAAAUGGCGCGCUCUAGAUGACUUCUUGGUGGUUGGGUGCUCAGACGGCUCCGUCUACGUCUGGCAAAUGGAAACUGGUCACCUAGAUCGUUACGUGACGGGACAGGUGGCGCUUGACAUCCUUGCCGCGUGCGAUGACGAAGAGAAUGGUGCACUAUCCACCACUAACGUACCCUCUAAGUCCAAAGUAGCCGCAAUCGGCAAAAAGCUGAGCCAUUUCACCUCGAAUCUCCCCGCCAAUGCUGCUACCGCCGCUGUCAAGAAACUGAAGCGAACGUCGGGCUCACCCUCCUCGGCAUCCUCCAGCCCAUCACCAACACCCAAGAGACCAGACGUGUCUAAGGGCGAAGCUCCCGCCGAACAAGUGAUCCCUCUAAAGGUCUUGUCCACAAAAGCCGCUGAUGCUGACGCAGAGAUCCAUGUCCUAAUGUUUGACACCGAAGCCGUCAUUUGUCACUUAAUGAGGGAGGAGAAUCCUGCUAUGAAGAAAAAGAAUGAUAGCAAAAGGAAACCACCCGUUCCCAAGCCCCCGGUGAUCAGCGGAGGAGGUAGACGAUAUUCCGGCUCAGAGAAGAGCGCUGACCAUUAUCAUCGCGGCUCAUCUGGGGACGAGACUCACGACGUGGCUCAGCUAAUGAUUAGCUCCUUGCACUCCUGGGGACUGGACGCUAGUAUGGACGAUGUCUGCACUGAGAGGCUGGGACUUCUUAAACCGGUCAAACCAGUUUCAUUCGGGCUUCAAACCAGAGGCGGACGUCUGUCGCUGAUGCUUCCCGGCUGGUUUGGAGAGGAAUCCGAGCGGUCAGGAGAGGAAUCCCAUGGAGAGCCAACUGUUUCCCGAAUCCUUCCGAGCAUACUCGCUGAAGAAGUUGCCAGGAAGAGAAGAAGAUCGUCCAAUCAUUCGGAUGCUACCUGUUUUCACUCUCGGUGGCAGCUCUCGUCUGCGCUCACUACGCUACACAUGGUGGGACUUGUUUCCGUGGCCAACACGCUCAUGAGCAUGAAUCAGGUAAGCUUCAUUCCGUCAGAGAAGCGCCUAGCCCUCUUGACGAACGCCAGCCGAGAAGUCCCAAGAUCCUCCUCGAGCUAUGACGACGGCGGCGAUGGACCGGUGCCUAGCGACUCAGAUAUCCAGAUGGCUAUGAAUCAUCGAGCGCAUAUCAAGGCUGGGUGGAGUCAGCUGGCCGCUCUCCAUUGCUGCUUGCUGGCGGAUCUGUUAACGGUGCCUGUAUAUAAGCCACCGCUUCUCCACAUCCUUGCACGGAGAUGGCAAGACCGGUGCUUGGAGAUCCGUGAAGCCGCUCAGGCUAUUCUUCUUGCCGAGUUGAGACGAAUCGGCUUCGAAGGCCGUAAGAAAGUCGUGGAGACCUGGGCACCACAGCUACCCCGCAGGCUUAGUGACCCCAAUGUUGGCACGGGAAGUGGGUCCGAGGCUUUAACGGAUGCCUCACCCACCCCCACUAACAAUGUCGUGGGAUCGGCAUCAGAUCGCCGCGAGUCUGCCGAUGACGAAGUGAUCUUCCCUAUCGAUGACAUCAGCACGGUGGUGUCAAGCGUCAAGAAGCUACUGCAGUACGACCAGCGGCGUCGCCAAGCAACUGCCAUCGUGCUGAUGGGUGUGAUUGGGGCAGAGUUUCAGCGCGAGGUGGACGUGUACGAGACGCGCGAGGGAGGCGGCGGCGGUAACACACCGGUGAAGAGCGCCAACUCAGUGAGUGAAAUGAUCAUGGAUUUCAACACUGUGCGACAUACCGGCAAAGCCCUCAUGUAUCUCCUUCUCAAACAACCCUCGUCCAGACAGACCGCCAACACGUCAGUCAGGCGAGCAGCUAUUGAUCUAAUUGGUCGAGGUUUCACGCUGUGGGAGCCAUACAUGGACGUGUCUUCUGUCCUGCUUGCACUCUUGGAGCUUUCCGCUGAUGACAAGGCACAUGACAUGUCUUUUCCUAAGGGGUUACCCCUGUCCCCUGCCGCCGACACCCAUCGGUCAGCCAGACAUGCACUAUCUUUGAUAGCGACAGCGAGACCAUCUGUGUUCAUCGCUACCAUCGCUAAGGAGGUCGCUCGAAGUAUCGCUGCUGUGUCGUCCAUCUCAUUCAACCAGCCCUCCCCAUCUGCCAUUGCUGUAUAUAGCCACGUGCGACAUCAGCCUACACAGAACACAGAGGCGCAGACCACAACGGUGCUAAACCGCGCCAAGAAAGAGAUCCUGAGAAUUAUAGAUCUGAUGAUAGAGAAAACACAGCAGGAUGUGGUGGACCUUCUGACAGAUGUUGUGGAUGUGGUGGUUUAUUGUCUGGACCAAAAAAGCAUCAAAGAGAAAGGUCUCACUGAACUAUUUCCUGGUCUCUGCAGAUUUAACAUGGUUAGCUACUCACAUCAGUCCCGACGCCUGGCUGUUGGUGCUAAGUCUGGACAAGUUGCAUUGUAUGAUCUCCGAUCUUCAAGAUGUCAGAUGGUCUCUGCACACUCCUCUCCUGUGACUGCCCUUUCUUUCUCGCCUGAUGACAAAGCUCUUGCUUCAUACAGCUUUGGUGAUUCCAAAAUUUGCUUCUGGCAGACUGGGUCUAGUUUGUUUGGAAUGCUAAGUAGCUCCAUGAAAUGUGUGAAGUCCUACACAACACCCCGCCCAACAUCCAAGAUUUCCCCCUCUCUGCUCAAGAUGGUGCGACUUGUAUGGAUCAACCACAAGCAUGUGAUACUACUAAUGGCUGAUGGAGCAGAAUUUAAAUAUUCCAUAUAAAGUAAUACUAAUACAAGCUAAAUAUGUUUGGGGAUGUGUUUCAAUUUUAUCAUAAUCUACCAAAUACUGAUGUGAGAAACACAUCAGUAGUUUAAAACAGUUUCAAGCACCUAUAUUAAAUUGUAUAGACUUUAGCACUAUUAUAGAUAUUUUAAUUCUUAUAGACUGGAAUAGAUAAAUAUGACUACUUCUGUUUCAAGCUCUGAAAUGAUACAAAAGAAAGGUGGAUUAAUAAUGUGUUAUGUGUAAAUGUGUGAAUUGUAAUUACAUUAGGGAAAUAAAAAUUGUAUAAAUUAAAA